ACCUCCCAACAUCAUAUAAUCCAAAGACAAGAACGCGCAAAGAUGGAUUCGUUGGUUGCACAGUACACCACGCCGGCGUACACGGAGGAGGCCCAAUCGCAGGAAGAACAGCAGGAGCUCCUCCAAUCCACCCCCGAGCUGUCUCUGAAAUUCGCUCUACCCCCGGUAGCUCAGUCUGCCUCAUGGCUCCGCGCAAUGACCGACGACUAUUCGAACCCCAACUGCCCCAUCAAGAUUGCCCACGGUACCACAACACUCGCUUUCCGAUUCAAGGGCGGCAUCAUAGUGGCGACGGAUUCUCGGGCCACUGCAGGGAACUGGAUAGCAAGUCAGACGGUGAAGAAGGUUAUUGAGAUCAACAACUGCCUGCUAGGUACAAUGGCUGGUGGCGCUGCGGAUUGUCAAUACUGGUUGGCAUACUUGGGUAUGCAGUGUCGCCUGCACGAGCUACGACACAAGCGCCGCAUUUCAGUUGCCGCUGCCUCCAAGAUCCUCGCCAAUCUUGUCUACUCAUACAAGGGCAUGGGUCUCUCUAUGGGUACUAUGUGUGCUGGCGUAACCCCUCAAGAAGGCCCCGCUCUUUACUACAUCGACAGCGACGGCACACGUCUCGCUGGUAACCUCUUCUGUGUUGGCUCCGGUCAAACUUUUGCCUACGGUGUGCUAGAUGCAGAGUACAAGUACGACCUCUCAGACGAAGAUGCCCUCGAACUUGGCAGGCGGAGUAUCCUUGCAGCGACGCAUCGUGAUGCCUACUCCGGUGGUUUCAUCAACCUGUACCACGUGAAGGAAGAUGGAUGGGUCAAGCAUGGCUUCAACGACACGAACCCCAUCUUCUGGAAGACUAAGCUUGAGAAGGGCGAGUUCUCCAAUGUGACGGCAGACCUGGAGUAG